CGUAGCGUCUUUCCCACUUGUUCUAUACUCGAUGCGCUGGGUCCAAGCUGAUUGACGAUCAAUCAGCCCCUGCCUUAUACUCCUACUGGUUUGUGUUCUCUUCUCUUCCGAUCUGAAAUAUGUGUUUCCGCCUGAUCGCGGCUUGGAUAUGUGAACCUUCUUCGCGCGACGAGAGCCAUGUUGGCGACGGUUCUUUUCAUUACUCUGCUAUGCUCGUCAACAGCUUUAUCUUCUGUGUCACGCAGGGCGACCACGAACUUGGACCCUGCCUGGGCUUAUAAUGCUUCACAGUUCUACAGGCGUUGCUCGCAGGCGAGUAUCGUAAUCGGCGACUACCUCUAUAUAGACGGCGGCGAGAUUUAUUACCUUGAUGAUCAAAAGUCGCCGCGAAGCCUACCAUUAAAUUCAACUUACUCCGUCAGCUUGACAUCGACCUGGACCAAUCGCUCGAUAUCUCUGAAUCCCAUCGCCAAAGGCUCAGCGCCGGUCUUGAACGGAGCGAAUGUGUGGCCGGAUGACGCUGGCACCUCGUUUUAUUCAUUCAAUGGGAUCGUGAGCCAGGCUUAUACGACACCGCCCGAGCCGCCACCGGACCAGCUGUGGCAGUUUUUGCCUGAUGGCAGUUCAGGAAGCUGGACCAUUGUGGAUGCACCAAAUCUGAAGAGACUGAACAAGGCCGGCUCAACAUCUGGGAAUGGAUCCUCAUAUAUCCUCGGAGGUUGGGGGAGUUGGCUGACCGACUCGGAAUACUCCAGUAAUACUGCGUUAAGACAUCCAGGAGGUGGUUUGGUGACAUACAACUUGGACACUCGGACGUGGGCAAACCAGAGUAUUGCAGAACUGGCGCCCUCAGGCUGGUCAUACGAGGCUGAAUUCCAUUAUCUCGAAGGGCUGCAGCGGGACGGACUGUUGCUUGCUAUGGGUGGAGCCACAGCGCCGCCUGGACCUAUCUCCUCCGGAGGACAGACCUUGAACUCCUACGGAUAUGUUAGUCUUUUCGAUACUGCUACCGGGACGUGGUAUAAUCAGUCGACGACAGGCGAUAUUCCAGUCCAGCGGUAUGACACAUGUUCAGUCGGUGUCCAAGGGGACAAUGGCACGUUCGAGAUUUUCCUGUAUGGAGGCUCCGUGGUACCACCUCAGACGACGCAGCCAACAGAUCAGCAAUCCAACAUCGACUUGGCCAAGGUGUCCAUCCUGUCCUUACCAUCUUUUCACUGGCACACGACGGCACUGAAUCCUAAGCAUUCACGGGCUAAGCACAGCUGCAAUCUAGCUGGCAACAGGCAGAUGAUUGUUGUCGGUGGUGCCAUUGCCAAUGUUGCGAACGCCCAUCAGACAAAAGAUCCAUGGGCACAGGGGCUGGGAGUUUUCGACAUGACCGAGCUAGAAUGGAAGGACUCUUAUGAUCCGUCUGCUGCGACUUACCAGACACCAAACAUCGUCAAGCAAUAUAUCUCGGCGAAUGGACAAUACCCUACGACCUGGGAUUCCCAGACAGUUGAAUCGUGGCUUUCGGCCAAAGCAGCCCCGAACCCCACCAGCUCGUCUAGUCCAGCAAGCUCAAGCCCUGCUUCUAACGGUGGCAGCGGCAGUAGCAAUACCGGUGCAAUUGUCGGAGGUGUUGUGGGCGGUGUCGGCGGACUCCUCAUUCUAGGAUCGGCGUUCUUCUAUCGCCGUCACCAAAGAUCCCGGAGAAUCGGUCGACAAUCACUCAACUCCGAGGAACUCAUUACUCGCGAUCAAGAACAGCCGCAUGGCGACGCUUCCUCUAUGGUUGAUAUGACAUCACACCCUGAGGAACUCGCCGCCACCGAACCUCGUACUGAGCUCCCAGGGAUGCCUGUUGGUUUCGCAACGCCAGCUGCCAAGGAAGCGGCGCACGGCGCCCACGAGUUGCCGUGAAGGAGACAUAUCUCGGCCAGGCAAGCCACCGAUUUGUCACGAUGAUCAACAUCGAAGAGUGACAACUCUCCAACGCCUCAAGCUCGGUCAGAAGCCCAUGCAGCAACGCCGUGCCGGUGCAAGAAGUGUGUUACCAAAAGCCACAUGGAGAUUCGUCUCCAGCAGAUGCAUACGUCCUGGAUAUGCUCUUGUUCCACGAGGCUGUUUCACUCCAAUUGCAGCAUGUCAGGCUCCAGAUCCCUGCCAUGAUCGUCCGUGGCUAAAGAUGCCGGUACGCAACAUGGGCAAUGUGUGAGACAAGGAUGGACAAUGUCCACUCGCCGAUCUGGCACUGAUUCCUAAGCCGCUAUGGCUGAGGCAGAGUGGUUACCUAGAUAAAGAUACUUGUCCUUCUCGAGAAGUCAGAGAGAGGAUCUCUGACUGGUUUUGGAGAGGACAUGUUCCUAAUCCCAAAUGAGAGAUGGAUGCGUGAUACAGUAAAUAGAAAAGUCGUAUCUUUCCAAAGGUGAGGGGACAAGAUGAGCUCGGCAUCGAUCUGCCUUGUCCUUUGAUGCCAAGACAUGGGAUCAGUUCACUUGCCACAUCUGGUAUAGCCAAUCGCUAGCGGCC